AUGAAGUUCUCUGCCGCCGGCCUCUUCUUGCUCCCUCUUGGUGCACUGGCUGCGCCAUGCGCCACUACGGCCAGCACUCCGGCCAGCACUUCGAGCGCUUCCAAGGGCAACGUUUCUACUGCUGCAAGCGACAGCAUUAAUGCCUUGUUCGUCGCCAAGGGCAAAACAUACUUUGGCACCGCCGCCGAUCAAGGCACGCUAUCCAAGUCCCAAGUCUCGUCUAUUGUCAAGGCCGACUUUGGACAAGUCACCCCCGAGAACAGCAUGAAGUGGGAUGCUACCGAGCCUUCGAAGGGAAAGUUCUCCUUUACCGGUGCUGAUUAUCUUGUCAAUUAUGCCACCGAGAAUGGCUUAAGCGUCAGAGGCCACACCUUGCUGUGGCAUUCGCAACUGCCCUCUUGGGUCAGUGCUAUCACCGACAAAACUGAGCUCACUUCGGUCAUCGAGAACCACAUAAGCACUAUCGUCAGACGUUACGCCGGCAAGAUCAGGGCCUGGGAUGUCGUCAACGAGAUCUUCAACGAGGAUGGCUCGUUGCGCAGCUCUGUCUUCUCCAAAGUGCUCGGCGAGGACUUUGUCUCCAUUGCAUUCAACGCAGCCCGCAAGGCUGAUCCCACUGCCAAACUCUACAUCAACGACUAUAACCUCGACAGCGCCACUUAUGGCAAGGUCACCAACGGCAUGGUUGCCCACGUCAAGAAGUGGAUCGCAGCCGGCGUACCCAUCGAUGGCAUUGGUUCUCAAACUCACUUGUCGGCCGGUCAAGCCAGCAGCGUUGCUGGUGCCCUCUCUGCUCUAGCUGCUACCGGUGUCUCGGAAGUCGCUAUCACCGAGCUGGACAUCGCUGGCGCCUCUGCUAGCGACUACACCACUGUUGUGAACGCCUGCCUCAACGUCAAGGCUUGCGUUGGCAUCACCGUUUGGGGUGUGAGCGACACCGACUCUUGGAGAGCUUCGUCCUCGCCCCUGCUGUUCGACAGCGGCUACAACAAGAAGGCUGCCUACACGGCCAUUGUCAGCCAGCUGAGCUAG